AUGAACAUGGGUAAUGAAGUUCCACAAAUGAUGGAUUUGGCGCAGCUGGUAGAGACGCUGGAGCGCGAGCUGGAGCAUGAACCUCAACUUGCUAUAAAGCACAAGCCCAAGCUUCGGCAAUUGCUCGAAGAUUUUCCUGUGGACAUGAAUGAGCUACAACGUUUUGCGCACUUCGAUCCUUCGCGCAACUACACGCGUAACCUUAUCUCAACGGACAACGAGACAUAUGCGCUUAUGCUACUGUGCUGGAACCCUGGCAAGUACAGCCCCGUGCAUGACCACCCUACAGAUGGGUGCUGGGUCAAGGUCAUCCAAGGCAAUGUGAACGAGGUGCGCUACGAGAAACAGAAUAACAGACUCGUCGAGACAUUAAAUGUGGUGCUUACAUCGGGCGUCACGUACAUGGAUGACUCAUACGGAUUUCACAAGGUGGGCAACCCACACACAAAGAUGAAUGCUAUUUCAAUGCAUUUAUACUCUCCUCCGUAUGAGAAGUGUCGGGUUUGGUUUGAUACGGAUAACGUGAACAAGUCCUCAGUCUCUGUAGCAAACUAUUACUCAGAAUAUGGCAAAAAAGUCGAAUAUUCUUAA